AAUCGUUUGUAGCAAAUUUUGGCUUGGGUGGCUAUAGGGAGGCGGGGCUUGUAAUACAAUGCUUGUUUCAUUGCUAAAGAGUUUUCAGAGAUCUGUGCAAGGAGUUCUCGGGGCCUCGCCCCCCUAUGUUAUAGCCUACCCAGGAUGAUAUAUGGAGUAUUUGAUUUUUUUUUGCGAACGCUGUAUGGAUUUUCCUAAAGCAUUGGGUUUGUUUGAAAUGGAGAACGCUGGAUCUAAACACAAGUGAGCAAAAUGCAAGAAAGGGACCUCAAUUCACCCGAAAACACAGGGACUGUGUAACAGCCUGGAUUAAUCAGAAUACCUGCUAGGGCAGAGGUGUGAUUUUUUUAUUUUUUUUGGUGUGUUUACCUGUUUUGGAUGAUGGAUGGUCGAGAUUUCGGACCCCACAGAUCUGUCCACGUCCACUCUCCUCUGCUCACGGGCUUGGCCAUGGAGUCGCACCGGCUCGGGGCUGCAACUGCAGCCGGGCGCAUCGCUUCUUCCCCCGGUCACUUGACCACGGGGCACCCGGCGCCUGUCCAUACUGGGAAAUACAUGUCACCCGCAAUGAACCUUCAUUCGCACCAUGGUGACUCAUUCCCAGGUAGCUCUAGCCCUUUCCUCAGCGGGUACAUGAACAGUGGUUUAGGGGGCUCCUCUACACCCCAUGGGACCCCCACUUCACUGCCCGUCGAGCCUUGCUUCCGGGCGCCCGCCCCCUCCAACCUGCAGAUGGGGCAGCUCUGGACAUCUCACCCCCAUGAAGGUUUCUCCCACUUGCCAAACAGCCUGUAUCCGAGCCCGUACGUUCCGCUCAGCCACCUGGAACACCCAAGCAGUGGGAGCUCCCUCCUGGCUCAGCUCGGCCAGCAUGGGCUCUACGAGUCCCAGAAAGAAGGGUUUUACUUGUCAGGCCAUGCAGGACAGUCGGCCUUGCACCCCCAAACGGCCAUCUCCAGAGUUGCGUCCAACCAAAUGCCGAGCUCCCUCCUCCGGGAGAAGGAUGUUGUUUCUCAUCACAAGAGCGCAAAGGACUCGAGCAGGGAGAAACCCUGCAGGACUGAUCUCAACCUGUCCAACCCUCGAAGGGAGAGAGAGAGGCACAAGGAGGAGCCCCGGCCUCGCAGCAUAGUGGACCUCACUCAAGACACUAAACUGGAGGGGAGUGAGAGGAAAGUCAGUGGCUUGGACAGGCCAUAUAAAAUGGGGGAGCACACGUCUCUGUUCUAUCGCGAGCACUCGCCUGGUUUGGGUGGCGGAGAGCCAAAGUCUAAGAACCCUUUGCAAACCUCCUCUCUGAGCAACUGCAACAGUGGCUGCAGCAGCAGCAGCUCUGUGAAAUACCAGGGCUCUGAGCAGGAGAGGUGUGCCAAGGACCCGAGCCGACACGAUGAGAACAUACGGCCCUCUGCAUACGUCCACGCGGACAAGCCCAAAAAAUGCGAUGCGGUUGUGACUUCUUCAGUUGGCUCUUCGCACGUUUCCUGCAGUUGUCCAUCCACACACAGCAACGCCUCACAACCUGCCCCCAGGGUGCUAUCUUCAAACACAUUCCCUCCCACCAACCACGCCCAGGCCAGCCUGUACACCCUCUACCCCUCUGCCAAGGAGCCGGGAAGAGAGCACAAAGUCAUCGCGCCUACGUUCGUGCCUUCCGUCGAGGUCUAUGAUGAGAGAAAUGGGCCAAUCCAAAUAGCCUCACAGGCUCGGGACAAUAAAAAUGACAAAAACCGGGACAAGGAUGGUAACAAACCAGGGUGUUUGCAAGCCCCCAGUGAAAGGACACUUGUAGACCCUCUGCGGCCACCUCACGCACACGAGUCUCCGUUGCAUGGCGACAUUAAGAGGAUGGAAAUAUUCCGGGAGGAAGGCUCGGUUAUAAUGUCAAACUGUAUGGCAACGAAAAGGACAACAUCAUCAGAAUUAUUCCCUGUCAAAGCCAGCCAUAGCCCAGACACUAGGGACUUGCUCUUAAACAGUUCUACGUCCAAAGAAAUGAUGAAAAUGGUGCUGGAAGCUGAAGCUCGUAGCCAAGAACGAGAGAGGUUUCAAAGGGCGGCCGCGAGAGAUUCUGGCAAAAUGUACAAUGGGGUGGACUCCUCCAGGAUCCACAUGGAUCAGCACCAACUUAAAAACUCUUCCCCGACGGAGCCGAAAUGGAAGCCUUUUGAAAUGGGCAGCUAUGCCACCAACCAGAUGGCUGCGCUUGCUGCCCAGCAUGGGCAUGGGAACAGAGGAGGGGAGGAGGAAGCCAAGAAGGCCUACCUGGACCCUUCUGGUCUUCAGAGGUCCACCGUGGUUGGGAACUCCCGGGCAAGUUCUGAGGUCCUCCACCCGGGAUCUCACGGAGAAGUUUCUGCCAUGCAGAGCUUGAUCAAGUACAGUGGCAACUUCGCCAAGGAGACCAGCGCGCGGCCCAACGGGGGGAUCAGGAGCCCGUUCGGUGGCCUGGGAAAUAUGAAGCUGGAAGCUAAUCCGCUUGGGAUGUCCAAGGUCCAGCAUCUCCCACCCCAGCAAUGUGGGAAGCAAUUAAAGAGAGACCCCGAAAGGCCGGAGAGCGCCAAGUCGUUUGGCAGGGAGAGCAUUGGGUCUCAGGGAGAGGUUGAAGUGAGGCAUCCACCAGUUGGCAUUGCUGUGGCUGUUGCACGACAGAAAGACAACACCAGCAAGCCCAGCUCUAACUUGGGGGACAGGGAACGAUCGAUUCCAGUGGGCAGUAUUAAAGGAUCUGGCCGCGCGGAUGAGGAUCGUAUGGAUGACCGGAGUCGUCACCGUGACGACCGUCUCCUGGCAGGCCGCUUGGAGCGCGAGCAGGAGAAAUUGCUCCGAGAGAGUAAGGAGCUGGCGGAUUUUGCCCGAAUUCACCAGCCCGGUGUGUCCGCCAAUAGCUUGAACCCAAACCUUAUGGUGACUGGAGGUCCUUCCCUGGCUGGCCCAGGGCGAUGGCCCACUGAUCCUACAUCCCAUCUGGCUUCUCACCACUGGAUCCCCCGCACAGGCAGCUCCUCCAUGUGGCUAGCAGGCUCUCCUUACAGUUUGGGUCACCCAUCACUUCACCAAGGGAUGGCUCCAGGGUACCACCCUGGCAUGCCUGGCUCCAUCCCCUCACCCUACCAGUUUGCCCGGGACCCUCAAUCAGGGCAGCUGUUAGUUAUCCCAACAGAUCACCUACCGCACUUUGCAGAAUUGAUGGAGAGGGCACCUCCGCUGUGGUCAGCGAUGUAUCCACCAGCAGGAAGUUCGCUCCAGCAUGCCCACCAGCUUCAGUUACUUUCUCACCAACAGUUGCUUAGGCAACACGAGCUCUACAUGUUACAACAGCAAGCCGCCCAAGCCAUGGAGCUCCAGAGAAGCGCCCAGCUAGUGGAGAGGUUAAAGGCGAGUGAACACAGAGCUGAGAUGGAGGACAAGGCUGCCAAAAGAAGCCACGAAGGGGCCAAGCAGGGUCUGCCUGCUGCCUGCGCUUCCACCCUGCAUUCCAGGAAACCGCCUUCUCCUUCCCCCACUCCGUCUACGUCCUACAGCAAGGCCCUGACGCCCCAGCCGCUGAACCCUUCACCCUCGCCCGUGACCACUCUCAAGUCAGAGGUCCGACGCAAAAUCGAGGAGGCUGUACCUCAGCAGCCUUAUUCCCACCCUUCCACGCCAGCCCCUCACCCAUCCAGCCCUGCCCCCGCCUCCCCCCCACCUGAGCCACCCGUCCCCCCCAAGGAGGAAGCACUGGAUGAGACGGAGAAGAAAGAAAUCGAUUUGCAGAAAGAGGUCUCUGCGUCUUUCCAGGCCUUAUUUCCUGAAAUCCCUCAGGGCUAUCCUUUCCAAUCAAUAACCGCUCGCUUUGGCAGCCACUAUCCCUACCUCCUUCAGCCUGCAGCCGCUUCCGAUGCGGACGGACUGGCCCCAGAUGUGCCGCUGCCGGUGGAGACAUCAGAACAUCUGUCUGCCUCAGUUGAGGUUAAACCCAUGCGCUUACACCCAACUGCCACGGUGGAGUCCUUACAGCCAGCUGUGGGGCCUGAGCCAAUGGAGGAAAGUGCUGUGAACAAGGAAGAGUCUGAUCUUGAGGAAACCGAGCAGAGCCCUGGAGACCAGAAUGGCAGCACAGCCCUGGCCAAGAGUGUCCCUGAAGAACUACAGUUGCCCACUGAACCAGAAAACCAGUCUGGCACGGAGAGGCACACGGAUGAGGUGGAGCAAGAGCAAAAGGUCAAGGAGUUGCAGAAGGGAGAGGGAACAGUCGAACAAUACCGACUGAUUGAUUGUGCCCCAGAAAUGGAGCCGCUUUUAGAGGAGCCGGAGGAACAGGCACACUCUGCACAUGCAGAGUUUGACAAUUCGAAGCCGUAUUGUGGAUCGGAAGUGCAAGAGGUCCAGAUACAAAGAGAAAGGUCUUCAAAAGCUAAAGAACUGUGCAGUGAGGCUGAUGAGAAGGAUACCUUCGCUGUUCCCUCUAGUACGACAGAACCUCCACCUAAGGAUCUGUCCAUCAAGGAGGGCUUGUUGUCUUCUCAGAUUGCCCAGCUGGACACCUUGAACAUUAAGCCGGAUGACCCGAUGGCGGGGAUGAUCGCCUUGGUGGCAGCCUCAGAGCUGCCCCAAACAUGUUCCCUGCCAACUCAUUAUACCCCGAUGGCUGUCCUCUCCGUCCCCAAGAUGACCGAUGACUGUUCUCCAGUGGACCCUGCUGGCCUUCAUGGGAUCGCUCUACUGAGUGAAAUCGCAGAGCUGGAGCUGGAGAGGCGGAAGAAUGAGAUUCGUUACACAAUGCGAGCCGACUUGGAAAGCCUUUUGGUGGCAGGAACGCAGUUGUUAAUGGAAGCCAUGGCAUGCAAGCCUGCAAUAACCAUCCAGCUUCCUCGAGAGCUGAACCCCAACAAGAAAUACAGCUGGAUGCAAAAGAAGGACGAGCCUUUGUUCUCCAUUAAGUCUGCCAUCGAAAGCAUGGGUGCCAUGGAGCUGGAUUACAGGGUGAGACUGGCCGAGUUGCAGAGGAGAUACAAAGACAAGCAAAGAGAACUGGCGAAGUUACAGAAACACAGGGAUGCAGAAGAGAAACGUGAGGAAAAGAACAGAAGUCUGGCAAGGAGAGGCCCAGGAAGGCCCAGAAAGAGAAAGCACGGCCUUGCCUCGCCACCUGUUGGGAAAAGUGACUGCAAGGUUGGCAAGCUUGGCAAAACCCUCCUGCUGUCCGAGGACUCAGAGACGGGCGAGGGACUGCGGAAGAGAUUCCGAGGUCUGAGCGCCGAAGAUGAAGAUGAGAUGGAUAGCGUGAGUGUGAAAGUAAAAAGGAAAAGCAAGAUCUGGGAUGACGCUUCCUCCAGCUUCUCUGAAGAGGUGCAGACAAAGAGUAAGAAGAAGAAGAAGAAAGAGGAGAGUGAGCAGGAGCAGUUGGCAACCAAACUGGACAAGGCCCUGUCUCUGACCAAACUCAGUCAGCUCGGCAAGUCUCGUUUUAAGUUUGCAGACGGUUCCGCAGGGAAAUCGAAAAGCAGUUUUGGGAACUGCAGUAAACGCCUCGGGUCCCAUGAGAUGGAGUUCCUGGGAAAGGAAGGGAAGAAAAACCUCUCUCAAAGCCUCAGCAUCUCGCAGAAAUCCUCCAAAGAAGGUAAAAACAAAAUGGCUGCCAAAGCGAAGAAGAUGGAGUUUGGGAUGAAGGUCAAAGGUCACCUGAAAGCUUCUCACUCCCCUGCAAGGUCAGAAGUCAGCAGUUACUCAUACAAUACAGACACGGAGGAGGAAGAUGAAUCGGCAAAGCACGUCUGGCCAUCCCAUUCAGCGUUAAGUAAAUCUGGAUCGAGGGGGAGACCCUCCCACCUGCACGGUUCGGCCUUCACGAAGAGCAGACAGUCGCCCAAGAGGGGCCUGUCCACGUCGUCCUCGUCUUCAGCAGGAACUCUGAAAUCAAAACAGACGGCAAACAAGAAGAGACACAAGCACUUUGCUUUACUGCUGCAAGAGGCAGAGGCCCGGUCGUCCUUCAGUGACUCUUCGGAGGACUCAUUCGACCAAGAUUAUACCUCAGGGGAGGAUGAGGAUGAAUUAGAGGAGGAGUAUGAUCUGGAUAAGCAUGACUGCCUCGGCUCUCCCAGCCUCGAUGAGAGUGGGCUGGGGCUGCUGGCCAGGUUUGCUGCCAGCGCCAUGCCCAGUCCCAUCAUCGCUCCUCCACUGUCCGUCGUUCAGCUGGAGGCCAAGCAGAAAGCCAAGAAGAAGGAAGAAAGGCAGAGCCUCAUGGGGACUGAAUUCGAAUACACAGAUUCAGAGAGUGACAUCAAGAUUAAGAAGGCCUCCUCGCUGCUUCACUCCAAGAAGCCUCUGCUGGAUUCAGCUGUGCCGGUGGGGAUGACUGGGGAGCUGCCUGGCUCCAACAAGGUGAAGCUGGCAGAAAAAAGGCUGAAGAAGGUGAAGUCUCCCCGGGAAUUCAGCUUCGAGUUCAGCCAGGAGGUGAGCGACGACGACCGCUGGCCGCGCCGGAGGAGCGAGCGCAUUUUCCUUCAUGACGCCACUCUGGCCACACCCCUCUCUCCCUCCAGAACGAGCCCUCCCGCCGCUGCCAAACCGGCCCGCUCCCCCAAAGCCGUGCCGCAGAGCCCCAAAAAGGAAGCCAGCAAGCCAAAGGAGGAAAAAGACCUUGGCAAGAAGAAGAAAGGCAGAGAGACCCCAUUGUGUCUGUCACCCCCCCAGCACUUGAGCACCUCCAGCGAGGGCCAGGUCUGUCUGGCCUCCUCCCCCCUCAGCCCCAGCAAGAAGAGCAAGGUCAAGGUGAAGCCGAGGGAGGUAAAGAAAGAGCAGGCACGAGGGAAGGGCGGUGCAGUCAGCAAGCUGAUGGAGAGCAUGGCCGCUGACGAGGAUUUUGAGCCCAAUCAGGACAGUAGCUUCUCUGAAGAUGAGAACGUCCCGCUGAGUGCGCUGAUCGACAGGCCCAACACGCCCGGCCCCCGUAACUGCGUUAUCGACAAAGACGAGCUGAAGGAUGGGCUCCGGGUCCUUAUUCCCAUGGAUGAUAAGCUGCUCUACGCUGGCCACGUCCAGACUGUUCACUCUCCAGACAUAUACCGAGUUGUUGUGGAAGGAGAGCGAGGAAACCGGCCUCACAUCUACUCCCUGGAGCAGCUUCUACAGGAGGCGAUUAUUGAUGUGAAGCCCCCCUCUGUGCGCUACCUCCCUGAGGGAACAAGAAUCGCUGCAUACUGGAGUCAGCAAUACCGCUGCCUGUAUCCUGGAACCGUGGUCAGAGGGAGCCCAGAUGUGGAUGAGGGUGAUGAUUUGAUAACCGUGGAGUUUGACGACGGAGACACAGGGAGAAUCCCCCUGUCGCACAUCCGACUGCUGCCUCCCGAUUAUAAGAUACAGUGUGCAGAGCCUUCUCCUGCCUUACUGGUGCCCAGCACAACGAGACGCAGCAGGAAGUCCAGCAAGGAUGCCGGGGAAGGCAAGGAGGCGAGCGUCCAAGUAUCGGAGGAGCCAAUUCCAAAGAGCCGAGGGCGCGGCAGGAGGCCCAAACCUAAACCUGGGCCUGAAGUUGUUCCUGAGAAUCGUGAACAAGGAGAGGUGUCUGCUUCCACAGACACCCAGGAGAGAUCAGCGGCUCUGGGGAAAACAGGUCCCAGGCCAGGUAGAAAGUGCCAGCAAAGCCCAAACGCUGGCUCUUCUGUGGCGAUGUCUACUGAGAAAUCGAAGAAAACCACAAAGGGGAAGAUUCCUUCCAAAGGAAACGCUCAGCAACAGGCGUCCUACACACCACCUGUUUUUGGCAACGUCCUUUCAGAUUCCUACAGUGACCUCUCGGGUUCAUUCUUAGCCAGUGACAACAGCCAGGGGAAAGUGAAGUCCAAGAAAGGGAGGAAAGGAGAUGAGACCCAAAGGAAGAAGCCCGAGUCUGAACUUAAGAUCAAGCUGGAUCACGAAGGAGUGACGUCUCCAAAGACCAAGAAGACCAAAGCCCUGAUGAUGAUGGAAGACCAGAGCCUCUCAGGCAAGAGGGACAACAAGACCAUGAUGGGCAUGGCUUAUCCCACGGUCAUGAUAGGGGAGGUCAAACAGAAAGCAGCCAAGACCAAAGCAGGGGAAAAGGAAAAGCCGAGGGCUGGCACUGUCUCCACGUACAGCCUAGGGAAGCUAGGGAGAAGCGUGGACGGCUUGGUCAAGGUAAAGGACCCAGAAACAAAUAAGGAGAAAGAGGAACUGGAUGCCAGCAGCAGCAGCAGCAGCAGCGGCGGCAGUGGCAGUAGCAGCAGCAGCUCUGAGUCAGAUGGGGAAGAAGAGGAGCAAAAUCAGGGUGGAGCCCAAGAAGACAGCAGCUCAGCCAGCUCCAGGGCUUCCAGCCCCAUCUCGUCCACCAACUCCUCAACCUCCUCCUCCAGCAGCUCCUCCUCCUCCUCAUCCUCCUCCUCCUCCUCCUCCUCCUCCACUUCCUCCAGCUCCAGCUCUUCUUCAUCAACCACUGAUGAAGACUCCUGCAGUUCAGAUGAGGAGAACCCAGCCUCACCGCGCUCCACUUCUCCCACCCAGCAGGCCCAUCCCCAAGCCGAGGACAAGCUAUCAGGACAGCUCCAGACCUCUUCCUCCUCAUCCUCCUCCUCCCCAUCUCAGACCAGGAGUCAGAAACAGCAGCAGCAGAAGCAGGAGCAGCAGCAAGGCAAGAAUCGACCGAAGAAACGGGAAGGAAUCCAUCUGCCCACAACCAAGGAGCUGGCCAAGCGACAGAGACUUCCUUCGGUGGAAAACAGACCGAAAAUCGCUGCCUUUCUGCCUGCCCGGCAGCUCUGGAAGUGGUUUGGCAAACCAACCCAGAGGCGAGGAAUGAAAGGUAAAGCCAAGAAGCUGUUCUAUAAGGCGAUUGUGCGAGGGAAGGAGAUUAUACGCAUUGGAGACUGUGCGGUUUUCCUGUCUGCUGGGCGGCCCAACCUGCCCUACAUUGGGCGCAUCCAGAGUAUGUGGGAGUCCUGGGGAAACUACAUGGUGGUCCGAGUCAAGUGGUUUUACCACCCAGAGGAGACUAACCCAGGGAGGAAAUUACAUGAUAGAAAGCAAUGGGAUCAGAAGUCUGGGAGAGGACUACCAGCUGCUCUCCAGGCCUCCAACCAGAGAAAGGACUUCAUGGAGCGCGCCCUGUACCAGUCCUCUCACAUCGAUGAAAACGACGUACAGACCGUCUCUCACAAGUGUCUGGUGGUCAGUCUGGAGCAGUACGAGCAGAUGAUUAAAACCAAGAAAUAUCAGGACAGCGAGGAUCUGUACUACCUGGCUGGGACGUACGAGCCCACCACUGGGAUGAUCUUCAACACUGACGGAGUGCCCAUCAUAUGCUGAGGAGCAGCACCGUUUCUGUAAUGCGUAAAGAGGGACCAGAGCCUCUAAUGCUCAGUAUUUACCAGAAAAAUUCAAGCAAGGCUGCCUUCAAGAGCAGUGCACGUCACGCCUUGGAUAAUGCAUUGCAAAAAGAGAAAAAAAAUUAAUUGCGGAGGAGAGACAGCAGUUAUCUGUUCAAGGACGCUCACCUUCUUGGGUUUACUGAUUCUGUGAAUUACAUAGAAAGAAAUAAGGUGGCGGAUGAGAAAAGCCUUAUAAAAGUGCUUUAGAAGCACAUCAUUAGGUUCUUAUGGGGAAACGGUUAGCUGCCUGAAGAAAUGUUUGCCCUCGGUACAAAAUAACACUAUCGGCUCGGGACCUGCAAUUUAUUUGACUUGGAAUAAAAAUCAGCUGCAUGGCAGCUCGGAGCAGAUCUGUAUUGAAAUUUGUACCCUUGGAGGCAAGAUGACAUUAUCAGUCUGAGGACUUCUUCUGGGAAGCUGGUCACCUGACUUUUUUAAAGGUGUAAUUACAUCAUACAAAAUAACCUUUCAAUGCAUUCUCAGAGCUGCAAACCUGGCCUGCCGGGCAGAAAGACGUUUUGUGCAUAAUAUUGAUAUGUUUGUGAAAAAGAAGGAAAGAAAAUUGGGACUGAGCUGAGGUCAUGGUUUCACCAUCUGCUGAGCGCUAAUUGUGGCCUUGUGGAAAUAAGGAUGAUGCAAACGUGUUGAAGAUGUUUGAAAGGCAAACUGCAUUUGUUUUAAAAGAAUACAUCAGCACCAGCCGCAGACAUUUCUACCAGCAAAGCUUCAAUUAAAGAUGACACGGCUCAUACGGGACUUAGGGGAUCUCCGAGGCCAGAAGGUUUUAUGAUAAUCCUCAGGCAAUCUGCAGGCCUGUUACUAUCCUGCUUCUAAAGCGAUUAAUUAAAGAUGACAAUAACAGAAAACAAACCUUCGAGGGAAGGUGACGUCAUCAUCAUAGUCAUCCCACAGCCUUCUGGAUAACCUGUUGUGGCGAUUUAUGUACCUAGGGUUUUCCAAGCCCUAAAUUGCGAUAUGUAAAAAUUAUGUAUUAUAAAAAAAAGAAGUAAAUAAAUCAGUGAUAAUAAUGACGACAGGAUUUGGUGACAGAAAAAAAACUUUUGCAGGACUCGACAGUUUAACUGGUGAAUGAGGGAGCCUGAUUCUUUCUGUAUAUUACGCAGGCAUAUAUAAAAAAAACCUAAAGACUUUUUCGUGUAUUAUACCUUCAAGUGAAUUUUUUUAUAUUAUAAAAAAAAAAAAAAAAAAAGCUUUACAAAAAUGUGGGGAAAAAACAUCAAAAUAAAGUCAGGAAACCUAAGGUUGGGGUUGAUAUGGUAUAAUCAUGCUUCUGGAACUAAACCCAGCAACAGGUCAUUUGCAUGAGUAAUUGUAUUAAAAAAAAGAAAAGAACAUGUAACCUGAAAUCCUAACAGUAUUUUGCCUUGUGGCUACUGUGAGAGAAGAGAGACAUCGGGACGUUGGCUGAGAGCACUUAUUCACUGCCGGAUGCCUUGUGUAGAAGAGGAGUACUCGGACAAUCGAUGGAAGAGGAGAUCCAGAUGUGUUUGUUUUGUUGACGCAGGUCUCCUCUGUGUGAUGUAAUUAAAGAGAGGACUGCUGUUCCACCCGUUUGGCUUCAUUAUGCCAUGUAUGGUUGCUUCCACAGCAGUGUGAUCGUUGGGCUUUUAAUGAAUCCAAGUAGCUGGCAGCUAGCCUCUUGAUUUAGCUGGAAACUCCUUAUCUUUUGUUUAUAAAAAAAAAAAAAAAACGAAUUUGUUUUCUUUAAAAAUUGUCCUUUUAAAGUAACAAACCUAUAAGUGUCCAACUGUAAGUACCACAUAUAUAAACUAAUAUAUUUCUUACCAGUUUUGUAAUGAAGAGGUCAAACUAUAUAAAAUGGAGGGCCCUAUUUGCAAAGCUUUGAAUGCAUUCUCAAGGUUUAAAAUACAGUUCAUGAGUUUCCAUGUAACUGAGCCACUUGCUCAUAACACGUACACCUUGUGUUUUGACCAAGCUUGUAGAAAAGUGCAUUCUUUCUUUUAAUAGGGUGUCAAACUGUACCUGUGCAUUUCGUUGAUAGAUGUUGAUAUUUGAACAAACACAGUAGCUGGGAUUUGAAGGCGGCUCUCAGGCUAAUGGGACCCAUGCCUGUGGUCAUGCCAGUAGUUAGUUGUGUUCCUAAAUCUACAUGUAGGUUUAUAAUGUAACAAUCCAAGGCAAACGAUACAAGGUACUCUUCAGAAAAGCCUCACUGUAUCACACUGCUUUGGGAACCAGUUGGUUAUUUCAUGUGUACUGUAUUAACAAGACCAAUCAAACCUAAUGGUCACUCUCUUGUUAUUCAUGCUGUGCGCAAGGUACAGAAAUAUGUUUUUUACCCCCUAGAGUGUAGAUUAUAAUGCCAUAUGUGUGCCUAACCUGAUUUAAUGUUGGGUGAACGUGAUUUGCUACAUUGCACAAGGCUGAGAAGUCUUUGUUUUUUUGUCAAUCUCUGUAAAAGGACCGGGAGGAGUCCCUGGGCUGUUAUCAUUGCAGGAUUAAGAAGUGUGGUUGAUUAGAAAAGGGCAAAAUGGGUUAUCGAAAUGGUAGCAUCAGAAAGAGGUACACAGACGAAAAACAUGAAUCAGUAAUUCCAAGCGGGUGGUUUGUAAAGCUGGAUGCGUGCUGUGAUUAAAAUGACGAGGGAAAUUAAAGCAUGCUUGUCCUUUUUCAGCAUCAGUGAAAUUAAUUUGUGUCAAGUGAACUCAAUUACAAAACCACAUUUCUGAAAGAACAUUUCAAAUUCCAUAUGUGCUUAUCAGCUAUAUAAACCAUGACAAUUUUUGAAUUGAUUUGACCCUUCCCUGCCUGCUGAAUGCAAACCAUCGCUUUGCCUUGCUGUUUAAAAGUCAGUAUUAUCUUGUGAAAUUAAACCAAUGUAGCGUUCAUUCAUAAAGGUGUUUACUUCUUAAAAUGUUUACCGUCAUUGACUACCUUUCCCGCAAAGUAAGAGCAUCUGUUUUCAUGGGAAGCUGUGGAAGAAUUGCAAAUGACCCCUUUGACGUUGAUGAUAUGUUUACAGUAAACCAAUGCAGCUUACUUUCUAGUCUCUGAAAUGAUUUUUAUUUCUGUUAUCAGAAACAGGAAUUGUUUGCUGUCUGGGUAUAAACUGAAGAGAAUUGCAUGUAUUUGUUUUUGGACAUGGAAUUGCAGAAUAAUCACAUCCUAAAAAAAAAAAAAAAAAAAAAAAAAGAAAAACCAGUUUGAAUGUUGACAACCCCAAACUCCAGUGUACACGUGUCUCUGUUUAACAGUGGACUGAACAAGUGGAGCAGCACAACAAAGCUCUGCAUUCGCUUUCUGUAAAACGGCAUUGACAAAAUUGAGUAACGGUGCCAAGUGAUUCAGCUGUAUUGAAACAAUGGUAACGGUAACAGCAAAUUGUAUAUCAAACACUUCUGUACCAACUCUGACCCAUUUGUGGUGAACUAAGUGCCUGCUACACUAGAGGUCUGGCUUGAUCUUUCUUUCUCAGUGAAACAGUAGUCUUUCUCUUCGUUUUCCCUGUGAAGACACAUUUUAUGUGUUGCGUGUUAAAACUUCAGUCACCGGAGUGGUAAGGAGAGCACUUGACAGUUUAGAAACUGCCUUGACUUCCCCUUGGCUCAGUUUGCAGUUUGGGCAGCACCGUAGGAAAUCGGGCUACUGCUGCUAAAGCUUAUCCACUUCCCCAUGAAUACUGUUAGUCACAAAGUCACGUCCUGUGGCUUGGAACAGCAGGCAGUGGAAGCACAUUGUAAUAAAGAUAUACAACUUUAGAAAGGGGGUGGGGGAAUAGUUACCACCUUUUGGUAAAGAUGACCUGAAAUAUGUAAUAUAUUGUAAAGCACGAUUUUUUUUUUAUGUAUGUAUGUAUGUAUGUAUGUAAUCAAUCAUGUCCAUUGUAUUAAGUGAUUGGGGCUUUUUGUACACUCAAUAUUUUACCCAGUAUGUAUGUAUGUUCCCCUCCCCCUUACCCCACUAUAUAAUUCUCCUAUAUAACUCAUGUGCAAUACUGCUGAUUAGAUACUCUGAGGUAGCUGCUAGUGGAGAAAUCAAGAUUUGUAAUGAAAACAGUUCAAAGCAGACCGGAGGCCGGUCCUUCAUUGGUCUUUGCUGUUUAGUUUCUUAAGUGUCAGUAAGGUCCUGAAUUAAAAAAUAAUAAUAAUAAAAUACUGAAUAAUUUAAAGAAAAAAACCCCAAAACCCAUAUUUUGGAAUUUAAAAAAAUGAUCAAGAUUUUAUAAUUAAUGAGUCUGUAUUUGGGGAGGACACCUGCUAUGAUUUCACUUUGUAUAAACAUUUAAUCGUGUGUAAAAAAAAAACAAAACAAACAAAAACAAAACGAAAACCACCACAGAAAGAGCUGGAAAUGUGGAUUGUGUAAAAAAAAUAAAAAAAACCAACAACUCACA